GUUGUUUUUUCUGAAACCAAUGAAAUUCCAGCCAAAUCAUCGAAGCUGAAGGUUGGACAAAUGUAUUAUGCAUUGCCCUGCGAUCCGUGGAGUGUUGAAGAAUCCAGUCCGGAUCUGGCAUUCAGACUAUACAGCUCCCGUGACAGGAAGCCGGAGGAUUUGAUAACUUUCAAGUCCGGAGAACUCACCUCGGGCAUUUUCAGAUUGCAGGAGAGGGAUGAGAUCAAGAUUAUGCACGGAGUCAUGAACUUGACGCAUAUGACAGCUCAAGAGGCCCUCGUGCCCUUGCGGAGUGCCCACAUGCUGGAUGCUGAUGCCGAGAUCUCGCAUGAAAGCCUGAAGGAGAUCGACAGCUUCGGCCAUUCCCGAAUUCCAGUCUACAGGAAGCACAAGCACAAUGUCCGUGGCUUCAUUCUAGUGAAGAAGCUUAUUAUGUUGACUCCAGAGCAACUCAAUGGAAGCCUGACAUUUGGGGAUCUGCACCUGUUCAGAAUGACCCUAGUACACCCGGGAAUGCUGAUGCUGGAUUUGCUAAACAAAUUCCAGGAGGAGAAGUGCCAUUUGGGACUUGUGACCAGCAAUCCGGAGGC